AAUAGGCACUUCCACACCUUCCUUCUUCACACUGAAAGAGCAUUUCUGCAGUUCCUCUAAGAAGAAGGAGGGCAGAAAAGCUUUAACCAUGGAGAAGAACUUCGCAUCGGUGUUCCUUCUUCUGAUCGCCAUCUCAUAUACUUUGGCUAAAGAUACCACUACCAAAAAUGAAAAAAAGGACACAAAAGAAGUAAAAGAGACCCGUCCCAAAUUACCACAGACUCUCUCCAGAGGUUGGGGUGAUCAACUCAUCUGGACUCAGACUUAUGAAGAAGCACUCUUUAAAGCCAGGACCAACAAUAAACCUAUAAUGGUCAUCCACCAUUUAGAGGACUGCCCUCAUAGCCAAGCACUGAAGAAAGCAUUUGCUGAACACAAAGAAAUACAGAAAUUGGCCGAGAAGUUUGUUCUCCUCAAUCUUGUUUAUGAAACCACAGACAAACAUCUCUCGCCAGAUGGACAGUACGUUCCCAGAAUCCUCUUUGUAGAUCCUUCACUGACUGUUAGAGCAGACAUUACUGGAAGAUACUCCAAUCGUCUCUAUGCUUAUGAGCCUUCAGAUAUUGCAUUAUUGUACUCAAAUAUGCAGAAAGCUCUGAAACUGCUGAAGACUGAAUUGUGAAGAAAGAAGAAAAGACACAAUGUCAGAUCUUCCACCUCUAAUUAACCUUAAACAAACAACCCCCUUCCUCUCAUGAAAGGGAGUAUGGAGGUUAAUUCUGGAUGUGCAUAGCAAUGACACAUACUGUGCAUGAUCCUUAAUAGAUUUGUUUUAUAUUCCUUUGUAACUGUGUCAUAUGAAGUAUUGAUUGCUUUUAUAAAAUAAGAAAAAAAAACCACUGUGUGCUCCUUUGUAUAAAUCAAGAUUCAAAAAUAAAUCUGCAUUAUGGUGUUUAUA